UUCAGUAAUGCAGAUGCGGCCCAAGCAGGAAGUCGCUGUUUGCAGGCGAGGGACUUUGCACAGUUUGCUGGGUGGCAGAGGAGGAGCCCGCAUUGGCGAGAGGGAAACCUCCACUGGGCGUCCCUAUGGAGCUCUGGCUCUGUUUCGUCUCUCUCUUGCCCCUCUUCCUGGUGGAUGGAGCCUGGCCCGAGACCCCAGGAGCAGCCACGGCUUCCCCCGACCCCCAACUUCGGGGCAGCCAGCAGAACGAGGAAGCAGCGGCAGCAGCCAAGUGGGAAAGCAUUUUGAGAAUUAGAUAUCUGAAUUCCUUGUCAAAUGGUGACAACGAUACUGCUUUCUACGGAAUGAAUAAGUUCUCCAAUUUGUUUCCUGAAGAAUUUAGAACUAUUUACCUACAGAGUCAACCUUCGAAAGUUCCCAAAUUUACCCCAGAAGUUAGAGUAGAGGAAACAGAGAAACCCUUACCAGCAAAGUUUGAUUGGCGCGACAGGGGUGUUGUUACACAAGUGAGAAACCAAGGAGUGUGUGGUGGUUGUUGGGCUUUCAGUGCUGUUGGUAUAAUAGAAUCUGUCAAUGCAAUCAAAAAGAAUGUUCUGGAAGAACUCAGCAUACAACAGGUCAUUGACUGUUCAUACUUUAAUUCUGGAUGCCGAGGUGGCUCCCCACUUGAUGCUCUUGGGUGGAUGAAUCAGACAGGUGUGAAAUUAGUGAGAGAUUCAGAAUAUCGUUUUAAAGCUGAAACAGGAUUGUGCCGUUAUUUCAGUCGUGCAGAUUUUGGAGUCUCAAUCAAAGAUUACGCUGGAUAUGGUCUCAGUGACCAGGAAGACACAAUGAAAAAAAUGCUGCUUGAAUGGGGUCCUUUGGCAGUAAUUGUAGAUGCAGCAAGCUGGCAAGAUUACCUUGGUGGUAUCAUACAGUAUCAUUGUUAUAGUGGAGAAUCAAAUCAUGCUGUUAUAGUUACAGGUUAUGAUACAACAGGUAGCAUUCCUUUCUGGAUUGUAAGGAACUCCUGGGGAUCAGACUGGGGGAUAAAUGGCUAUGUUCAUAUUAAAAUGGGUUCCAAUGUAUGUGGUAUUGCUGAUGAAGUUUCCGCUGCAUUUCUAUGAAAUUGCUGCUUUGCAUAAAGCAUCUGUGGCAAUCCUGAUGCACAAAUUAUUUUCCAGGUUUUAUACUAUUUAUGGGCAUUUAAAUUACAACAAAUCUCAGAACAUAGAAGUAUUCCAUUCCAGCCAAUACCGGGGGCAUUUACUGUUGGUGAACUUGUUGGUGAACUUGAUGGCUGCUAUAAGAACACAGAUUGUACCACAACCAUUAAUUUGGUAGAAGGAGGGCUGUAUAUUAUAUAUUACCAGUCCUGGUAUGGAAUUUGGGAAUCUCUUCCUAUUUUGCUUAUCAAAAGGUUUUUAGUAAAUGUUACCACGGCACAUUAUACAGGGAGCUAGAUACCAGGACUGAUCAGAUAUUGGCUGGCUACAAACUACAAACUACAAACCCCAGAAUUCUGCAGGAGGCAGCCACAGGAAUUAAAGUGGAUCCAUGCUCUAGUGUGAUGAGGCCCUAAGCCCAAUAUGUUCUUCCUUUGAGGCCUUAGACAAAAUAUAUUGUGUGUCUCAGUAUCUUGUCUAUAAAAGGGAAAAAAUGACCAACUAGAUUCUAUAUUUCUUAUGAAGUCUAAACACAAGGAAAGGCUACAUAACAUUUUGCAAAUAAAAAUCACAGACUGGUUCUACACUGCUGUAUAAUGCAGUUUGAAUUGCAUUAUACAACAGUGUAGAACUAGCCUGAGUUUUGAAGAACUUGGUUGUUUAGGGUGCACACCCCUGCUUUUCCUAGGGCUACACAGAGUGUGAUUCAGCUUCUUGAAUAGGAAUGGGCACCUUACAAGUGUCAGGGGCCCACAUUGGACCACAUUUCCUAUUGGGGCUACUCCAUUGUUACAGGAGAUUGGCAUGGUGCUCUGCCAUCAGCACAGACUCCACAGCAGUGGUUCUCAACCUGUGGGUCCCCAGAUGUUUUUGCCUACAACUCCCAGAAAUCCCAGCCAGUUUACCAGCUGUUAGGAUAUCUGGGAGUUGAAGGCAAAAAUAUCUGGGGACCCACAAGUUGAGAACCACUGCUCUACAGGCUUCUUCCAAAGGAUAUAGAGGGGAAGGCUGGAUAUAUCAGUGCCUGCACUUCUGUCAAUGGUUCACUGUCAGCAACAUGAGGAAAUGGCCAGGUCUUGUGCAAAGGGACCCCCCCCCCCCCAGCAGAGAUGUUCUUUCCACUCCUGUUCCUGAGUGUUUGUGCUGUACUGGAACCUGGUAUUAUUUCUGUCUGGUAAAUUCAGCCACAGGGUAAUUCUAGUCUUCUGCAUCCAAAGUUGUCAGUUUGAGUCAAACUAACCUUUAUCCUGUUUGUAACUGAAAUUUACCGGUGAUGCUGUUUUUUCUCCUCAAAUGUAUUGUGAGUAGCCUUUUAUAUGCAAAUGAAAAGUAUUUGAGCAUUUCCUCAACUAUUUCUAUAGUGACAUUUGAUAGUUCAGUGAUCAGUUUUGUUUGAAAUAUUUCUAAAUAUUCAUACCAGCUAAAUUGUAAAGAUAUAUUUUAUAUACUCGAGGCAACUAGUUCUUAAUUUUUAUAAUAAAGAAAAAUGAAGAAAAA